GUGACCCUGCGCUCGGCUUGUGCGCCUCGGCUCCUGCGCCUCGCCAUCCGGCUACUCCCAAGGAAGGAAGGAGGCAGCCAGCCGGCCGGCCGGCCAAGGGCAGGAAAAAUGACCCCCUUCCCAACUGUGGCCCUCCUCCUCCUCCUCUUUGUGGUGGGCUAUGGAUCGUCGGAGAAUUCCAGUACCUCCAGAGGGUGCGGCCUGGACCUUUUCCCUCAAUAUGUCUACCUGUGUGACCUGGAUGCCAUCUGGGGGAUCGUCGUGGAGGCGGUGGCCGGAGCUGGAGUCUUGACGACGCUGCUCCUCAUGCUGAUCUUGCUGGCAAGGUUGCCGUUCAUCAAGGAAAAAGAGAAGAAGAGUCCCUUAGGGAUCCACUUCCUCUUCCUCUUUGGGACCUUGGGCCUCUUCGGGUUGGCCUUCGCCUUCAUCAUCCAGGAGGAUGAGACCAUCUGCUCGGUCCGCCGUUUUGCCUGGGGGGUCCUCUUUGCGCUCUGCUUCUCGUGUUUGCUUGUCCAAGCCUGGAGGCUGCGGAAACUCGUCCGGCACGGCAAGAGCCCGUCCGGCUGGCAGCUGGCCGGCGUCGCCGUCUGCUUUGCGCUGGUCCAAGUCAUUAUCGCAGCAGAGUGGAUGAUACUGACAGUCGUGCGGGACGGGAAACAGGCCUGCCGUUACGAGCCGAUGGAUUUCGCGAUGGCUUCCAUCUACGUUAUGUUUCUGAUGGUGCUGGCCCUGGGCUUUUCUUUCUUCACAGUGUGCGGGAAGUUUAAGAAAUGGAAGAAGAACGGCGUGUGCCUCAUUCUAACCAGCUUUUUCUCAAUCCUCCUUUGGGUUGCUUGGCUGACUAUGUACCUCUAUGGUAAUAAUGAACUGAGGAGAAGAGACCAAUGGAGUGACCCCACUCUGGCAAUAGCACUGGUGUCUAGUGGUUGGGUCUUCGUGAUCUUCCACGCUAUCCCGGAGGUUCACUGCUCCAUCCUCCCAUCCCAGCAGGAAAACACACCUAAUUAUUUUGAUACUUCGCAACCGCGGAUGCGGGAGACUGCUUUUGAGGACGACCUGCAGCUUCCGCGGAGCUACAUGGAAAACAAAGCCUUUUCAAUGGAUGAGCAUAAUGCAGCUUUGCGGACUGCAGGAUUUCGCAACGGCAGCCUGGGUAGCCGCCCCGGCGCCCCCUUUAGAAGCAACGUCUACCAGCCCACUGAGAUGGCAGUUGUCCUGAAUGGUGGGACUAUUCCAACUGCUCCACCAAGUUACACUGGAAGACACCUUUGGUGAAAAAGCUUAUAGGCUGUAGAGGAUGAGAGAGAGAGACAGAUUUUAUUUCCUGGCAGUGUGCGUUGUUUUAUUUUUUUCUGAGGGAAGAGUGAAUAAUCCUAGCACAGGACACCAGCAGUGCGGGAGGAGGGGACCCAUCCACGGAGCAUGGGAGAUCCUAGACCGGAUAGCUUGUUGUUGUUUUAAAAAUAAAAAUAAAAAUGUGAGCGCCGUUUGAAUUGAUAAGCUAACCACAAAAGCAAAACCUCUGCAGUGAAAUAUAAGCUAAAACUAAGUUUAAAAAUAGACGUGGGCGCACUCUUCCAAAAAUAAAAACGGGAGAAAGGGGACACAGUGUUCAGAAAUGGCAAGGCAACUCUCUGCUGCAACCAGAACGCAAGGCAAAUAUGGCCUUUGUCCGGCCUUCCAAGUUUUGAGAUGAAGAGGAUAGAACAAAAGAGUCCUUAAUUCAGAUUGCCACUGCGCUCAGCCCGGCAGGCUUUCUGACAACCUAACUGGCCAUCUUGGAAAGGAGAGAGUGGUCAUAGGGUCAAAAAAUAAAAUAAAAUUAUAUCCAUCUAGAAUAGUGUUUCCUGGCCAUCCCAGGCCCUUUUUAGAGGUCAUUUCUCACUCCAAAAUGAAGGAAAGUACCACUGUGUAUAUACUGGGUUUCUAAGGCCAGCCGUACAAGGGUGAGGAACCAACUUUGUUAUUUUAGAAAGUGCAGGCUGGUCCAUGGCGGCUGGCCCGGAAGCACCCCAGCAACCUUCCUGCAGAAAGGGGGCGGGGCUGUGUUUGCUCCGCCUCUUUUGCACACGGCCAUGUCGAAGGCAGCACGUGCUAUUAAAUCGUGUUGUGCAGAAGGGGUUGGGAGAGAGAGGGCAGGCCAAGGCUAUUGUGGCUCAUAAGGGUGUCCAAGAAGUGGAACCAGACACACAGGAAAUCUAGGAAAGCUGAGGCGCCCCUUGGGCAGGGUUCACUAAAAAACAUUGGAUUCCCCCAUCACUCUCCUCCCAACUCCAGUUUAGCACUGGAGUCUCAUUGGCUGCAAUGGGUUGUUCAUUUCCUUGUAUGCUUUUUUUUUUUACAGAGGAUUUUAUUCCUUUAUGUGUUUUCUAAUGGGAUUAUUUUCAUGUGGGGGUUGGGAACGAAGUGUGUGGUUGUUUCCCCACCCCGUUUCACCAGAGGGUCCCAUGUGCCUGCCUGCCUUUUCACAUUUUUAUGGUUUUAAUGAUGUUCGCCAGAGCAUCCCUUCAUUUGUUUAGCAUCGAACGCAUAUUGGGCAUGUGAACAGCCAUCACAUCCUCCAGUCAAGCCAGCAUUGUGCCCUGCUUUCCUGCAGAAAAAAAAAGCAAUUGAGGUUUGCUUGUGUUUUUUUUUUCCUAAACACACACACACACACACACACACACACACACACACUACAUGAAGUUGCAAAGUAUGCGGAAGGAUGGAAUUCUUUUGCAUCUGUUCUCAUUAAUAUAUAUCUAUUUUCAAAUGGUGAAUAUAAAUGAUAAUGUAACAAAAUAAAGACCACAUAACAGAGUAGCUUUGCAAGGCUGUAUCCUGCAAAGGAAAGAAGACAGGUUUUUUAAAAUUUUUACUUUGGGAAAUGUCCCUGGUUUCUUUACUAUAAGCCUGAUCUUGUUAAUUUCGGCCUAGUUCUCAUUGAGGUCACCAACUCGUCGUUUGGGUAGUAACACUUCAGACUUAACAACCGGUUUUUAACAACAGUUUUCUGGCAGAGGGUGGGUGGCCACAAAUCAGGGAUGUUGGAGGUGUUUGGAAUAGAUCAGGUGGUUUGGAUUCAGCGACGUCUGGAGCACUCUUCCAAUGCUUGCAAGGAGCUGGAGGCUCAUUUGAUUGAAAACUCUUCUAUGCAAUGGACAUUCCUUGCCUGCAGAAAGCCAGCAAGUUGGGGAAAACCCUGCCAUGCUAUGUUUCUAUAUGCAGGGGUUUCUAUUCAUUUGUGAUUAGGAGAACUCCACCCUAGAUCUGGCACUGCUCUUAGAUUCUCAGGUGGUGGUGUUAAGCAGAAGUAAUUUUCCUCUGCUCUGCCUGGUGUGCCAGCACCACCCGUUCUUGGAAAAGGUGGAAUCUGGCCCUGGUUACACCUGUGUUUGGCAUAGGAAGGCUGGAGUACUGUUCCACGCUGUCUGUGGGGCUGUCCUUGGAGAGUGACCAAAAGGUGUCGGUGGUUCAAAACACAGCAGCUGUGGAAGCCAAUCUGAGGGGUCCUUUUCUUUUGUUCUUGUACCAGCUUGAAGCUUCUGGAGAACCAUUGGCAGUGAAAAAAGAUAAUCCCAGGUUGGAUGGGGGAAAGUAGUAAGCAUUUUCCUGUGUUAGAAUCUGGGCACAAUCCAUUACAUCUAAAGUCCAAUUAGGGUGAGGGCAGGGUGGGUGAUUUCUAUGGCUGCAGGUUCCAGAUCUUUAUGUCCCCACUCCUGUGAGUCAACCCACCUGUCAGUCACCAGACCUCAGAUGAUUGGCAGGAGGGUUUAUCCCACUCAUCAAAAAAUUUCCAUUGACACCACUGCUAAAAUGAAGCUUUCCCUCUCCUCCGUUUUAGCAGAAAUUUCAAUAGAAGCUGCUUGGUACUAUUGGAGCAAGGUUUGUUCCCCUCGCCUGUCAGCUCAUGGGCUGUGGGAGCGUAGCUUGCUCCACAAAGGGAGCAAUCGGGAGCUCAUUUCAAGCUCCCGGUUGUUCCUGUGUAGUCAUGUAACUUGUCAGCUGUCCGCCAAGCAGCCAUGAUUCAUGAGGAACAGUCUCGCAGGCAAAAUUGGGAACACUGCCAUGUCAAAUCUGACCUGUGGGCCAGAAGUUCCCAAUCUCUGGCUUAGGACCCAGACACCUUAAGGCAAGGGUAGCUAAACAUCAGGGAUGAUGGUAUUGUUUUAGUCCAACAUCAUCCCUAGGGCCCCACGUUCAUUACCCCUUUCUUAGGAAGAGAAGGCCCUUAAACCUUACCUGAGCUCAUUUGUCCAAGGUUUGGAUGAUGGGACCAAAGGAAAGGGCCUUCUCUGUGGUAUCACCCAAACGACUGAGUCUUCUUCUCAGUUUCACCUCAUCCAUUCACUCAAGCUCUCCUGCUAUGAGGUGGAAAGACUUUUUUAAUUUAUUUAUUUAGGAAAGCAUUGGACUUUUAUAUUUUGAUCUCUCUCAGUCUUCCUGCUCUGUUGUUUUGUGGGGAGUGGGAAAUUGAUGCUGUUCUUGCUCUUGUAUUCAUGAUUUGAUUGUAUUAUUUGAACGCCUCUUUUCUGUAUCGUCAUUGUUGUUUAAGAUCAUGUCUGCCACCUCGAGCUGCUCCCGUUGGAAACAAAGGGCGAGGCAUAAAGCCCCAAAAUAGAGACAUGAAUUAAGAUGUUCUACCUGCAGUCUGAAAUAGUACCUUCACCUCAAUGAAACUAGGCCUUAAAUGUCCAUGAGUAGCCUCACUGACCCUGGCUGGUCUAUUUAGUAGCAAAAGGGGUACAAGAUCAGGAUUUUUGUGAUACACACUUAUAUAGUCUAAAAGAAAGUAUAUAUUGCCAUUCUUGCCAUGAUUAUCUUACCAAGUCCCCGUCCCCCCCAUCCCCUGGACUAGGUAAUAGCAAUAACUUUUUUGUUGUGCACAAACAGUUGCUUUAUGUGCUCUCAACAGAAAAGAACCACACACGGUGAAUGCAUUCAGAAAAUGUAUAAAUAUUAGUGUUGCAUUUUAUUGAGAUUUGAACAGGUUGGGUCUCAUUUUAUCACUAUAUAAAAUCUUAGCUGGUGCUUUCAUGUGUGGGUUUUAUUUUAAGGGAAAUGGGAAAAGUGCAGUUUGAAAAAUGGACUUUUCUUAAACUUCUAUUAUUAAAAAAAAACACACACAUAAGAUGCACAUGGCAUAAAUGGCAAAACAAUUUUCUUUUUCCCAGCUGAGUGUUGAUAUAUUUUUGGAAGCGAUUGGGUUGGUGGUGUUUCUUUUUUUAAUUAUAUGGGGGUGGGGGGCUGACUUUAAAGAAAAAAAAAUACUUUCAAGGAGUGUAAUUUAAGAUGUUCAAUGUUUGUUUGUUUGUUUUUUAGACAAGAAGGGAUUUAGCAAUCCUGCUUCCCCUUAAGUCAAUGGCAGUUUGGGAUCUUAAAGACAGGGCUGGAUCCUGCAAACACAGGACUUCCCUUAACCACUCAUGUCAACCCGAGCCUUGCUUCAUAGUGGUGGGAGGUGUGCAGAUUAAACCUUAAUAAAAUAAAAAUAAAUAAAAUAAGGGAUUGAUUCAUUUUCCCAGCAAGUUAGUUUUGGAAUGAAUUUAUAUUUUUGUCAGUCUGUAACUUGUGAUGUCAGAUUCUGCCACCCCCCC